AUGCCGCAAAAGCGUAAGCGGGCGUGGUUGGUGGAAGAUUCAAGGGCGCAUGGGCGGAUCAAGAAACAAGCAGAAGCCAGGAAACAGCGAGAGGCUUACAAGUUGGAACGAACCAGAGCACUCGUCGAACAAGGACUCACGAAGUACCAGUUGGAUGAACGGCGCGACAGGUAUUAUUGUAUGAAGGAACAUCCAGCACGAUUCUGUGGUCAGUGCAACCCAAGGGCCGACGUGGAGGAUAACGAAGGUCUCAGUGAUGAGGAGGCUGGAAUGAGCGAUUCUUGGAGUGAUGAUGAGAGAGAUAAAGUCGUCAAAUACAUCAAGGGCAAGAUCCAAGCUGUAGACUCAGCCGCUACACGACUCAAGAUGUUCUUCGAUGAUCCACAAGCAGAGAAGCCUCCGGCGGUGAAUUACGGGGCGAAUGGACACUGUAUAACUUAG